AAGAAAAAAAAAGGAGUUACAACAAACUCUUUAAUAUGCUCGGGGACAAGGAUAAGUCGAAACCUGACAAAGAGGUUAGUGCUUGUCCGAUGUUAGGACGCUCGUGUUCUUGUUUCCAAACAGUCGGUGGACUCCGAACGGGAUUACGGUUAAAGAUAACGGCGAUGACGCCGGAAAGUCACCGGAAACCGAAGAACCCUAGAAUCCUAUGUCUCCACGGGUUCAGAACCAGCGGUCGGAUUCUCCGUGCGAUUAUUACAGAUAAAUGGCCGGACACAAUUCUCCGGAAUCUCGAUCUUGAUUUCCUUGACGCUCCUUUUCCGGCCACCGGAAAAUCAGACGUCGAACGUCUCUUUGAUCCACCGUAUUACGAGUGGUACCAGGCUAAAAAGGGAUUUAAGGAAUACAGGAAUUUUGAAGAGUGUUUGGCUUAUAUAGAGGACUACAUGAUAAAGAAUGGUCCUUUUGAUGGUCUUCUUGGUUUUUCUCAGGGAGCUUUUCUAACUGCGGCUCUGCCCGGAAUGCAGGAACAGGGAACGGCUCUAACUAAGGUGCCAAAAGUCAAGUUUUUAGUGAUAAUAUCCGGAGCAAAAAUUCCAGGGUUGAUCUUUGGGGUGCCUAAAGCUGCUGUUAAUGCAUUCUCAUCUCCAGUUCGUUGCCCUUCACUCCACUUUAUUGGUGAGAGGGAUUUCCUGAAGACAGCAGGUGAAGCUCUUAUACAAUCAUUUGUAGAGCCAGUGGUGAUCCGUCAUCAAAGUGCACACACGAUACCGAAACUUGAUACUAAAGCUAAGGAGACGGUGUUGAGCUUCUUCCAGAGGAUUAGGCAGAUACUUUCUGAUGACUCAGGUCCUGUAAGAAGCUUGAUGUGAUAGAGAGCUGCUCAAAUCAGUUUCUUUUAGACUAGAAAAUGAUCUUGAAAUUAUAUAUUUGUGAGAUGUGAUUAAUUCUUCUGGAUUUGUCUGUCCGGUUUAGUCUUUAAUCCAGGGAUACAAUUCAAUAAACGUAAAUGAUUAAAUAUUCUAACCAAAAUGGAUGUGCCCAUUAUACUUA